AUGAGUGAUCUUACCAAGGAAUAUGUUGCCAAAAUGUUUCACGACCUGACUACCCAAAUCCAGCUUCAAAAUAAUCAGCUUGCCACGCAGAUAAGUGAUCUGAGAGAUGAACUGAAAAAUUUCAAGGGGCAUGUUGUCAAUAACAUAAGAAACCUGGAAGAGCAGAAUGAAGGUUUGAAGCUCGAAACUCAAGCUCUGAAAGAAAGAUUACAGAACACUGAACGCAAGGCGAAGAAAUAUAAUCUUAUAAUCUAUAACCUUCCUGGAACUAAUCCUUGCAGUCUAGUUGUUAAGCUAUUCCGAGACAAUUUGAACGUUAACUGUCAAGAGGAGGACUUCAGGGAUGUCUAUAGAUUCAACUCAACGAAUGAGAACAAAAAGCCAGGACCAAUUUUGGUUGAAUUCGUAUCCAAUAUACUUAAAACAAAAAUUCUUAGUGAGGCGAAAAAGUUGAAAAAUACUGGAAUUUAUAUCUCUCUUGACUAUACUCCUGAGGACUACCAGAGAAAGAAAGUUCUUCUUGCGUAUCAGAAGACCGUCAGAAGUAAAGGAAAGACAGCUAGCAUCAAAGGACAGUCAUUGGUAAUCGAAGGAAUAACUUAUACACUUGAUGAACUUACAUCGAAUGAAGAGUCAGUGGCCGUAGCCGACUUAGACGAACGUACUGGAAGCAAACAGUUAGAUGAUACUGUCUUCAAAGUAGACUCGAAGAAACGUAUCCAAGAAAGUCAACAACAGGCAGAGGAAUAUCAACCAAGAAAGCAGAAAUACCUUAGAUCUACGUCUACCUCUAAGAAAUCAAAAUAG